AUGUCUGACAACGCGGAUUCUCCACCGGAAACGCCUAAUAAUGAAACACAACAAGCAGUCAACGAUACGGCACCCAACGACGAGAAGAAGAAAACGGAGCGCUCUGUGAGCCCCGAUGUCCAGAGUCGGAGACGCGCGUCACGGUCACGAUGCAUCCCAGAGCUGCCGCGGUCUUUACGCAGCCGUCCUCUCCCCGGGCUCCACCUGCCCCUGAGCGGACAAACUACUUAA